UUAGAGCUCCAGACUCCGAACUCCGGAACCGGUUCGCGCGGUUAAUGUACGAAUCAUCUACAUACAAGUGCAGUCGGUAACCCGUCUCAUAGGGGUUGAAGGUUGAAGGUUGAAGGCGCUAACGAGCCUAAUCUAAAAGGAGCAAAACAAAAAAAAAACAUAAGAAGUAAGAAGAAGAAGACAAAUGACACAUGCUAAGGUGCAUGAGUUCUGAUGAGCUCGGAUCGACGAGUAACCGGAGUAACGACAUUCGAGUAACAACAUGAGUGAAGAAGUUAAAGAUUUCUCGCACUUGAAACUGAAUUCUUGGCUCCUCGCUCAAUGCGAGUCCAUGGGUUUAAAAAAGCCAACGCCGAUUCAGCAGAAUUGCAUUCCUCAAAUACUGACGGGCAAAGAUUGCAUAGGCUGCGCCAAGACCGGUAGUGGCAAAACUCUAGCAUUUGCCCUGCCUGUUUUGCAAAAAUUAUGCGAGGAUCCGUAUGGUAUAUUUGCUCUUGUGUUAACGCCAACGAGGGAACUAGCUUUUCAGAUUGCUGAUCAGUUUGCUGCUAUUGGCAAGGCUAUCAACCUGAAAAAAUGUGUGAUUGUUGGUGGCAUGGAUAUGGUGGCACAAGGAUUGGAAUUGUCGAAACAGCCACAUAUAGUUGUAGCUACACCGGGUCGACUAGCAGAUCAUUUGGACAGUUGCGAUACGUUCUCCCUGCAGAAGAUCAAAUUUUUAGUGGUGGAUGAGGCUGAUAGACUGCUCGGUGGCCAUUUCGAUGAACAGCUUAAGAAAAUUUUUGCUGCCUUACCCAAGCAGAAACAAGUAUUGUUCUUCAGCGCUACAAUGACAGACGCUCUUGGCAAAGUGCAGCAAAUAGCUUCUGAUAAGGUUUUUACAUGGCAAGAGGAAGAUGACGCUGGUAUUGCCACAGUAAAGGAAUUGGAUCAACGUUACGUGUUGUGUCCUAAGGAUGUGCUCGAUUCGUAUCUGAUAGAAGUAAUUAGGACAUUUCGCGCCACCGAUAAAAAUGGUUCCAUCAUGAUAUUCACGGAUACUUGCCGACAGUGUCAAUUAUUAUCAAUGACGUUGAAUGAUGUUGGAUUUACGAACGUGGCUCUUCACGGGAUGAUUAAGCAAAACGAACGUUUAGCAGCGCUAAACAAGUUCAAGUCAAACCACGUACAGAUAUUAAUUGCUACCAAUGUCGCGGCGAGAGGCCUCGAUAUUCCCACGGUGGAAUUAGUCAUUAAUCAUACAAUACCGAAUGUACCGAAGGAAUACAUUCAUAGAGUCGGUAGAACAGCUCGCGCAGGUAAAAACGGUAUGGCGAUAAGCUUGGUAACUCCACACGAUAUCAAAUUAUUGCACGCGAUCGAAGAUGCCAUAGGUACUAAAUUAACGGAAUACAAAGUAGACGACAAGGAAAUCGUUACGAUCUUGACGCAAAUAUCGGUGGCAAAACGGGAAGCGGAAAUCAAAUUGGAUGAAACUGAUUUUUACGAAAAGAAAAAGAUCUAUAAACAAAAAAAGUUAAUCUUAGAAGAAUUAGGAGGAGGCCAACCUCCGGAUGAGGUGAUAGAUGACUGGAAGGAGGAGAGAAAGAAACGUAGAAAGGAGAAGAGAAAAGAGCGAAGAAACGAAAAUUUUAAGUUUCUUGAGACACAGCGGUUUGUGUUAAAACACACACAACCUAAUAUAUAAUAUAUGUAAUAAAAGACACCAAAUGUACAACAUACUUUAUGCCUGUUUGUAUAACUUGUGAUACAAUAAUAAGUAAUACUAGUGUUAUCUUUUUACCACAGUUGUAUUAAUUCAUUAAAGAAGAAAAAAAAGUAAAAA